UGAAUGACUGGCCACGCCCCUGCGCGCUAGGAAGGACGGAAGCAGACCGUCAACGUGAGAGAGCGAGAGAGAACGAGUGAUUUGAAGCUUGACCGCCUGGAAGAACCGUUAGCUGGGACAUUUUUCCUCCUUUAUUCCACUUAAAAUGGCAUAUCACAGUCCGUACAGAGCUCCACCGCAUAUCAACACCCCUCCGGACCAGGGUUUUCUUUGGAAUAUCUUCCAGCGGGUCGACAAGGACCGCAGUGGUGUCAUAUCAGACUCGGAGCUCCAGCAAGCCUUAUCCAAUGGCACAUGGACGCCCUUCAACCCUGUGACUGUGCGCUCCAUCAUAUCUAUGUUCGACAGGGAGAAUAAGAGCGGUGUCAACUUCAACGAGUUUGCCGGCGUGUGGAAGUAUAUCACCGAUUGGCAAAACAUCUUCAGGACCUACGACCGCGACAACUCGGGCUUCAUCGAUAAGAACGAGUUGAAACAGGCCCUGACUGGAUUCGGUGAGCAUCAAAGCUAUCGUCUCUCUGAUCAGUUCUACGGUACGCUCAUCGACAAGUUUGAUCGACAGAGAAAGGGACAAGUGGCCUUUGAUGACUUCAUCCAAUGCUGUAUUGUCCUACAGAGGUUAACUGAUGUUUUCCGGAGGUACGACACGGACCAGGAUGGCUGGAUCCAGGUUUCCUAUGAACAGUAUCUAUCUAUGGUCUUUAAUAUAGUAUAAUUAUUAUACAACACAAGCAGCACAGAGGAGCACAACUGGACACAACUGUGCCAAAGAUGGCGGCACUUCCUGGACGUCUGCCAUGGUUGACACUACAAGAUUUUUUUUUUACUUCACUAAACUUUAAUAUAAAAAAGAAAAUAUGUAAGAGUCUGCACGUGCUAUUUUUGUUGAUGUAUUUAAAAAAAAAAAGAAGAAAUCUUGUAGUGUUUUAUUCGAUGACCAAUCUCAUGUAUGUCUGUAUGGAAGACUCCAGUUUAGGGAUAAUUAUUAUUGACACUGUGUCUUAUUGUCUGUUGUCAUUUUAACGUCUUAACAUUUAUUAAUAAUACAGUUAAAGAAAAAUGCAUAUAUAAUGCAUGCAUGCUUUUCAGGGAGUUUUAGCCCCUCAUGUUGUAGCAUGCUUUCUCUUCUGUUUGUCUAAAGCCAUGUUUACAAAUACUGUGAAAGCAGGCAGCCCUCUGCUUUAAAAAAACAAAACAAAACAUGCCAGCUUACAUGCCAUAUUUGUACAAACUUAUUUUUUAACAGCAAACAUACUAUUAGUAGAGGGUGGGCAUUUUAGUAUUGCUUAAUUUUUGGUGCAUGAUGCCUUAACAAGACGUGUAAAAAACACAAAAGAUGAAUCUUUUAUUAAAAACAAUAACA